UUUUUUCUCAAGUGAAAAAUAGUUUUCCGUUUGUUUGUUCUUAUGUGAUUUGAUAACGAAGAAAAAAAGAAAAAAAUUAUGAAACUAACGACAAUUUUACUGUUAACUGCUUCCAUUAUUGGCUACUCAUCGGCUUAUCCAGCCAGCGCAAAUCCAGACGACGAUGCUGAAGUGAUUAGUGACGGUUCAUCACCGGGAUAUCAACCAGGUCUCCAACCCGGAUACCAACCACCAUCAGUACCAUCCUUUCCACAAUAUCCUUAUGUUCCCUCCAUUCCAUCAUAUCCAACGGUUCCUGUCUAUCCAUCAUAUCAUAUCCCUGCCUAUCCCACCUAUACUCCCAAUUAUUUCCCAUUCGGUUGGACGUACAAUGUUUUUGAUGGUUUUUCCAAUUUCUUCAAUCAAAUCCGGAGCACAGCGUCAAAUGCAUGGUCGAGAGUUCCAUCAGUCAAACCAAUGAUUAACAACUACUGGCCAGAUGUAAAAUCCAACGGUACCACAACAUCAACUGUCAAGGUUGUUGGCGACCAUAAAUUCAUCAUCAAUGAAACAGUUCACGUUCAACAGAGUGAUUUCGGUCAUGUUGUGUUCAAAGUAAGAACUGUCGACGUAAAACCGGUCGAACCAAAUGACGAAACGACCGAAGGUGUUGAAGACAAUGACACAACAAUCUCUCCAGACGUUGAUAUCGAUGAGCCAAACACCACUCAAAGACCGACUGAAAACGAAGACGAUGACGAACGGUCGACCAUUGAAGACUUUGGCGAUAUCGAUGGCAAUCGAGUGGGUGAAGCGGACAUUCUUGACGAUGCCAACGAAAUCUCAAGAGACUCGCUCGAAAAUUUUGAGCGCGAAAAGGCAGUGGAGAAAGACAUGAAGAAACAGUCGCUGGUCAUAGAAAAGUCUGAGAAGAUUGAAUUCGAAUUGCCAUCUGAAAUGAUCAGUUCCGAGGAAAUCGAAGGCGAAACCAUGUCACCCUACAUCGCAGAUAAGAAAGGAGUAGAUGUCGAAUGGGCAGAAAUUGAGCUUGAAGAUUCUGAUGAACAGAAGAAGACUUAUUACGAGGUGAAUAACAAUGAAAACAGCAGUGAUGAGGAGGUAGAACAUAUAACGUACGAUCUGACCGAUGACAUAGCAAUCAAUCAAAUGUUGGCCGAUCAAGGUGCAUCAUACAAUCCCGAUGCCGAAGUCUUCGAUAUAAGCCAAUAUCAACCGGAAAGUGUUGCUGCUGCUCCAAAAGAAAACAUAGAAUCAUCAUUUGAUUACUCUCCAUAUCCUCAUCCAACACCUGACAAACGACCCAGCAACAUAAAAUAAACACUAGUUGACUAGCACAUAUUAUUUCGCAUUAGAGGCAAACAAUUUAUGAUACACUUGUUAAGUUUAUUUAUUUUUAGACAAUAAUAUUACGUGGUUUACCAUCAAUUUAAAUUGAAUUGAAUCUUUUAGGGUAGUUUUUGUUUGCAUUUGAGAUUGUAUCAUACAGCAAUGGAUUUAUUUGUACCUAAAACGUUGCGUGAAUACUCUGUAAAACUGAAAAAGUCUGUUCAAAUCUUGUGCAUCCAACUUGACGCAACCGUAUUCAAGACAAACACAAUUUUUCUUUCAAAUUUCGUAACUUUUUUUUAUUUUAGUUCAAAGACCAUUUUACUCAUAGAAAUAGUGAAUUUAGUGCCAAUUUUGAUAAAUGUUCAAUUGAUCAAUACUGGUAUUUACGGAUUGCGAUAAGGUAAAGCUUGAUUCUGCAAUUGUUGAUAGGCACUUGUAAAACUCGCUUGAAUCGAUCGACCAAGAUCUAGAUAAAAGCAAAAAAAUUUAAGUUAAGACACAAAAUUUAUGUGAUUAAACUGAAAUAAAUAUACUGUUUAUCUUACAUA